GACACCCUGAUAGUUUGGUCAGAAGCCGAGAACUAUGAUUUAGCACUGAGUUUUCAAGAAAAAGCUGGCUGUGAUGAAAUUUGGGAAAAAAUCUGCCAGGUUCAGGGUAAGGAUCCUUCGGUGGAAGUCACACAGGACCUCAUUGAGUCAGAAGAGGAACACAUAGAGGAAAUGCCUGAAACUAGUCCUUUGAUUGACCUUCCUACUUGUGAACUCAACAAACUUGAAGAGAUUGCUGACCUAGUUACCUCUGUUCUCUCCUCACCCAUCCGUAGGGAAAAGCUAGCACUGGCCUUGGAGAAUGAAGGCUACAUUAAAAAACUGUUACAGCUUUUUCAAGUCUGCGAGAAUUUGGAGAACACCGAAGGCUUACAUCAUUUGUAUGAAAUUAUUAGAGGAAUUUUGUUCCUCAACAAAGCAACUCUGUUUGAGGUGAUGUUCUCUGACGAGUGUAUUAUGGAUGUUGUUGGAUGCCUUGAGUAUGAUCCUUCUUUGGCUCAGCCAAAACGGCACAGGGAGUUCUUGACCAAAACAGCAAAAUUUAAGGAGGUUAUUCCUAUUACAGACUCUGAACUCAGGCAAAAGAUCCACCAGACUUACAGGGUACAGUAUAUUCAGGACAUCAUCUUGCCGACACCAUCUGUUUUUGAAGAGAAUUUUCUUUCUACCCUCACUUCCUUUAUUUUCUUCAACAAAGUUGAGAUUGUCAGUAUGUUGCAGGAAGAUGAGAAAUUUUUGUCUGAAGUUUUUGCACAAUUAACAGAUGAAGCUACAGAUGAUGAUAAACGAUGUGAACUGGUUAACUUUUUCAAGGAAUUCUGCGCCUUUUCUCAGACGUUACAACCUCAGAACAGAGAUGCAUUUUUCAAAACUUUGGCCAAGUUGGGAAUUCUUCCAGCUCUUGAAAUUGUAAUGGGAAUGGAUGAUCUGCAAGUUAGAUCUGCUGCUACAGAUAUAUUUUCUUAUCUAGUAGAAUUUAGCCCAUCCAUGGUCCGAGAAUUUGUAAUGCAAGAGGCCCAGCAGAGUGAUGAUGACAUCCUCCUCAUCAAUGUGGUCAUCGAGCAGAUGAUCUGUGAUACUGACCCGGAGCUCGGGGGAGCUGUGCAGUUAAUGGGGCUGUUGCGGACUCUGAUCGACCCGGAGAACAUGCUGGCCACAGCUAAUAAAACAGAAAAAAGUGAGUUUCUCAAUUUCUUCUACAACCAUUGUAUGCACGUUCUUACUGCACCACUUCUGGCUAAUACAUCAGAAGAUAAAUGUGACAAAGAUGCAGUAGUUGGAUCCACUAAGAGUAAUACAAUUUGUCCUGAUAAUUAUCAAACGGCACAACUACUUGCCUUAAUUCUGGAGCUGCUUACGUUUUGUGUGGAACAUCACACAUAUCACAUCAAGAAUUACAUUAUGAAUAAAGAUUUGCUAAGAAGAGUACUGGUGUUGAUGAAUUCAAAACACACAUUUCUGGCCUUGUGUGCUCUUCGCUUUAUGAGGAGGAUAAUUGGCCUGAAAGAUGAAUUUUAUAACCGUUAUAUCACCAAGGGAAACCUCUUUGAGCCAGUUAUAAAUGCUCUUUUAGAUAAUGGAACUAGGUACAACCUGCUCAACUCUGCUGUGAUUGAGCUGUUUGAAUUCAUCAGAGUGGAAGAUAUUAAGUCCCUUAUUGCACAUAUAGUUGAAAACUUCUAUAAUGCCCUUGAAUCUAUUGAGUAUGUUCAGACAUUCAAGGGACUGAAGACAAAAUAUGAGCAGGAAAAAGACCGACAAAACCAGAAACUGAACAGUGUCCCAUCUAUAUUGCGUAGCAAUAGAUUUCGCAGAGAUGCAAGAGCCUUAGAGGAGGAUGAAGAAAUGUGGUUUAAUGAAGAUGAAGAGGAAGAAGGCGAAGCUGUUGUACCUCCAGUUGAGAAGUCAAAACAGGAGGAUGACUUUCCAGAUAGCUAUGAAAAAUUUAUGGAAACUAAAAAAGCUAAGGAGAGUGAAGACAAAGAAAAUCUUCCUAAAAGGACUUCAGCUGGGGGAUUCAAAUUCACUUUUUCCCACUCAGCCAGCGCAGCCAAUGGUGCAAAUGGUACAAACAGUAAAUCCGUGGCAGCUCAGACAUCACCAGCAAGCUCCAACGGCUCCUCUUCCAAGAACACCACCCUGACCCCAGCAGUGACAGCUCCCAAGGGAAGUCUAGUUGGCCUAGUGGAUUAUCCUGAUGACGAAGAUGAGGAGGAAGAGGAAGAGACAUCUCCAAGGAAAAGACCUCGUCUGGGUUCAUAAAAGAAACCAAAAGUUUGGAAUAAGAACUUUUAUUACGGGGUUUCAAAUGCUGCAACUGUUUUAAGAGCUAAAAAGAAUCUGAUACAGAAAGCUUUCUCCCAUGAGUAUAUAAGAUAAUACAAGGAGUAGCAAAAGAAACUCAGUGUAUCAGCUAGAAAGGGUUAGUUCUGUAAACACAAAGCUUCCAAGGAACUUAAUGUCUUUCUAGAAAAGGAGCCUGGCAUUCAGGCUGUCAAAAAAGUUAAAAAUAAAAAAAAAAGGUGGGUUAGUAUUCUCAGAACCUGGAUGAUGGCUUCUCAGCAAGGAAAGUCUCAGGUGUCGGGAGGGCAGGGGAGGGGGGAAGGUAUGGUAACACUUUUUUAAAAAUAUUGCAGGGUUUCCCCAGUGUUUAACAGAACUAGGAAAACAAAAUAAAAUUCAAGCUUAAAUUUUGAACCCAGUAAUCUUAAUUUUGUAAUGGUGCUGUCAGUUGUGUUCUUUUAGCAAUGCCUCUUUUAAAAACAAAUUUGAAGGGAAAACUAACUCUGUUUGCAUAAGAACAAUCCAUUUUUUGGGACCAUUUCUUACCAACUAAAUGCCAUUUCUCAUGGCUGGAGGGAGGGACGCUGCAGUUAUAGUGCAUGUUGAGUUGUUUCAAACAGUUCAAAAGUUUUAAUUUGUGUUUUCCAAGAGGAGGGAGCAGAAGCUGGAUUCCAGACGGGAGGUUAUGCUUGUCUUUCCAUUAGACAUCCAAUAAUAGCCAUGCCAAGGAGCAAUCACUUCCAAAAGGAUCUGCAGGAGUUGUUUGUGUCGUGGUGGUGCUGAUUGAGGUGGGAAUAAGAGACACUAGGAGGUUUCUCAUAGUGAUGCAUUUAGCAGUGUUUUAACACCAAAGUCAGUUUGGACCAAGAUGGAAUUACUGCCAGCAGAACAGCAGUCCUUGAGGCAGAAUCAGCAAGCAGCACCUGAGCCUGGAUGUGAUCCAAAAGCUGCUUUUUUUCAAAACAAAAGCACAUUCCACAUAGGUAAGCGAACUGUGACAGAAAUAGGUGAGUUGAUGGUGAGUUGACAGAGGCAAACAGUCCAGGUUUUAUUCUCAAGAGCAGCACAUGAACUGUAAAUAUUUUAAUGUUAGUUUGCCCAUAUGUGAUCUGAGAUCAUGGUGAAGUGAGAGGAAGUUUCCAAUGACAACAUGUCAGAGAUGUUAAAAGAUGGAACCAGCUGCAAUCCACCACAUAGAUCACUCUUGUAAUAUGUGUUAUGGGUCCAUUUCUCCUGGAAUAGUUUGAACAGAAGCAGUUUCUCUGUUUUGGAGACUUUUUGUAGUUAGUUUUAAUUUUAGCUCUUGUUUGAAAAGGAUGGGCUGUCUGUGUAGAUAUGAAGUAUAGUUUUUCCAUAAAACAGAAGUUUAUUUUGUAUUAAAGAUACCACUGUACUUGUUUUACACCAUUUGUAUACAUGUGGUGAUAUUAAUGAUGAACUGUAAAAUUCAGGAAUUAAAAUGUGACCCUGUAAUUCCAUAA